AUGGGUUGGACUUGGGUGGCAAUGGGAAACCAACAACUAUUGAGAAGAUGGAAGAGAACUCGUGUAUUAGGAACAGCAUUUCUCUGCUGUAUCUGCUUCUUUCUCUUCACUUCCCCAAUCCCACGCUCUCCCAACCACCACCGAUUCGCUGACUUGCGCAAUCUUCUCGGAGUGCCCAACACGUUAAAUGUGAUAACAAAUUUCCCAUUUUUGGUUGUGGGUGUUAUCGGCUUAGUUCUCGCUCUGGAAGGAGGUGUUUUCAACAUAAGUUCUCAAGCAGAGGUAUGGGCUUGGGUACUAUUCUACGCUGGAGUUGCAGGGGUGGCUUUUGGUUCUACUUAUUACCAUUUGAAGCCUGAUAACAAUCGUGUGUUGUGGGACACUUUACCGAUGAUGGUGGCAUACUCCUCGCUUUUCUCUAGUUUGGUUAUUGAGAGAAUCGGUCAGUGGAUUGGGUUAUGUUGUAUGUGUGCACUCCUUUUGGCUGUCUUUAUUUGUGUAUUUUAUGAACGAAUUUAUGAUGAUAUUCGGCUCUGCUUGAUGUUCCAGUUGAUUCUUCCUCUAGCUAUUGCAGUAGUAGCAUUUAUGUAUCGCUCCAACUAUACUAACUCAAGAUAUUGGUUUUCGUCAAUAGGGAUAUACCUGCUAGCAAAAUUUGAAGCUGUUGCUGACAGGAAACUGUACCGUUUAAAUAACUACGUUAUCAGUGGGCACUCUUUGGAACACUUAUGCUUAGCACUGAUCCCAAUUUUACUCGGCAUAAUGCUCAUCUACAGGGAACUUAAGUUUCAAAGAUUAGCAAAUCUUAAAGAUAGGGCAUGAAGAGAUGGAGAGAAUAAUUGACAAAAAUGUUUACAUAACAAUCACUCCUGGAUGCCCGAGAUGUUACAGUAAAAUCUACUGAGUGAGUGAAAACAAAGCCCAAUGAUUAUGCGAACCAUGUAAGGUGGUCCACAAAGUGGACGAAGUUCUCUUCCGUAACUUGUUGAGCUAACAAGUUUAGCAUGUAUAUUGCAGUCAAAUUUCCUCUACUUUUUGCAUUGAUUGUUGGUUUUACCUUCUAUGUACUUACAUGGUGGCCGAUCAUAAGGAAUCGGAGCUCAUGCAUUCCAGAUUGUACACAUAACCAUGAUAGAGGAGCAUAGGUAACAGACAAGAAAAUUCUGACUUGAUUUUUUUUCUUCUAUGUACUUGAUCA